CUACUCUUGAUCUAGCUAUACAAGGAGCAUUUGCUAGAUCUACUGCUGUGCCAAGAGGAGGAGGAGGAGGAGGCAAUGAGUCAGCAACUAAUGAGUAACAAUGUUAGUAUUAUUAGCAUGAGGAAUGAAAGUGAACAAGUUAGGAUCACUGUUCCUAAAUCUAGUACGAAUCAUCUAGUCAAGUACUUUGAUACAUUUGCAGCAGUAGAAUACAACUGUCCCCAGUUAAAUGUUGAAUUAGUUAAGUCAUCAUUACGCUGCUCACAAGAAAGAGGUUGUGAGUGUCUUAAAUUCACAGCUACUGUCAUUGAUUGUAGGGGUAAAAAGUUUGACUGGAGAAAUGACUUAAAGUUAAAAGUAUGCAUUGACUCAAUUUUUUAUUGCACAGAUGAAGAUAUAAGUACUACUUUUGAUUGUGGUAGCUACCAGUACUGUGAUUCAGAUAAUGAAUAUCCAAAUUAUUGUUAUAAGCUAACUUCUUUCUGUUAUGAUAACAUUGAAACACCUGAAAUAACAUUAUAUUUUAGUACUGUAGGACUAAUAACACUCAGUACUAAUAUAACCGUGGAUGCAACAAGGAAGUGGUUUUAUCCUACAACGUGUAGUUCAAAUCAAAAGUAUUGCCCUUAUUGUAAUACAGUGAGUUGCUCUGCUUCAUAUUGUUGUGACAAACCAGUGUGUAAAUAUAAUGCUAGCUUAUCAAUUUUUUGUCCUAUUUGUCCUUCUGGUAAUGGAGUUCCUAUUAAUAAAAUUAAACAAUGUGUUAGCUGCCAUCAUUACUUAUCAAGUAUACUAGUUUUCAUUGGAAUAGAAAUACUGCCUAUGACACUCAUUGUAUUAAUAAUAGUAGCAUUUAAUAUACAAUUAACUAAUGGAUCAAUUAAUGGAUUAGUUUUCUAUUCUCAAAUAGUUUUUGUGAUUCAGUCGGAUUAUAAUUUAUUGAGUAACAGUGACACUAACUAUCAAAUGUAUGAUCUCUGGGUCUCACCUUCCAAUGUCUUCAAUUUAGACUUCACACCAUUUCUUGGUAACUAUUCGUUAUGCAUUACUCCUCACAUGUCACCAUUAGGAGCAAUCCCCUUUUGGUAUGUGGUAGGAUUCUAUCCAUUGCUCCUUCUCCUCUUACUCUAUGUUUGGAUAACAUUGUAUGAUAAAGGUUACAAGUGUGUAGUAUUUAUUACUAGACCAUUUCAUCGUUGUAUGGCUCGUUUCUGGAGUAUGACUGGCAUUGAACCAUCUUUUACUCACUCUAUAGCAUCUAUAUAUAUACUCUGCUUCACUCUUUUGGCUGCUAAUUCCUUCAAAAUUUUACGUUUUCGUUUUCAGUAUUCUGAGUUUUCUGACAAAUAUUUUUUAUAUUUUUUUUAUGAUGCAAAACAGCCUUAUUUUGGUGGUAUUUAUCAUAUAUUGGCUAGUAUUUUUGCUAUCAUAAUUUUAUUGUUUCUGAUACUCUUGCCUACACUUUAUUUACUCCUUUAUCGAUUCAAAUGGUUUCAUAAGUUAUUAGAUUGCUUACAUUUGAGGAAACAGCUACUGAUAUCACUGGGUGAUGUGUUUACUGGUCCUUAUAAGAAUGGAACUGAGAAUACUUUUGACUAUCGUUUCUUUGCUGGAUUCUAUUUAUUAUUGAGGAUACUUAUAUUUUUUUGUCAGUUUUUGGUUUUUUUCAUGUGGCCUGGAUCUUCAUUCUUUAUAGCUUCAAUACUGCAAUGUUGUUUAGUUUUAUUACUUGCUUUAAUGGUUCUUAUUUUUCGUCCUUUCCAAAGAAAUAUUCAUAAUUUUUGUGAAACACUAGUUUUAGUUUUUGUAGCUAUUUUAUUUACUUAUUACAUUUUUGUCAAUCUAAAAUAUGACUUACUUGAGUUUACUGAGAAUCUUUUUUUUGAUGGAAGUGUGCUCAUUUUAUCUUUCAAUUGUCUAUUAUUUUUUAUAUUACUAAUCUAUAUGAUAUAUCAAUUAUGUCAGAUACUGGUUCAUUGUGAUGACUAUCGCCGGCGACAUUUUGACACCAUUAGAAUACAAGAACAAGAAGAUCAGCCAUUAGUUGAUAACGAUGAUGAUUGGAUUGCUGAUCGUAUGGAGAAUCCACAAGAAUAUGAUGAGCAGCAUGUUUGUAUUAGACUGGAUGAUUUACCAGUAGAAUAUGAUCCUCAAGACAAUACUGUUGCUGCUAAUUAUGGUAGCAUCGAUGCUUAUAAAACUAUUCGUACUGACGACUAAAUUUUAUAACUAUUUGGCUAAUUUUGUACUGCUUUCCAUUUAUUUUUGUAGCUACUAUAUUGUGGUUUUGUUAAAAAAUAACUUAUUUCUGCUGCA